AUGGCUAUUACACUAAAACUGACUGCCAUUGAUGCCAAGUUAGAACAAGAACGAAAAGAAAAAGAGCUCAUGGAGGACAGUGAUGCAAGUGGCGAUGACACUUCCUCGCCCGACUCGAUUUCUCAUUCUUCUAGGUCUGCGCCACCUGAUAAGCCUUUCCAAUUGGAGGUAAUUGGAUCUCUGUGGUACUUUUUCGCCGUACGAAGACUGACUGAAUGCUGGAAAAAGACCUGCAUAGAUCAUACUGGACGUGGUUCUUUUUACUGUCAUGACGGAUUUGCAAACCAUACAUUUCUAAAUGAUUUUUGCCCGACAAAGACACUUAAUACAACAAUCUAUGAUUUUGGAAUAUUCUAUGAUGCUCUUCAGUCUGGUAUUGUCGAUGUUAAAUUCAACAAUGGACAGAGGAAGACUUAUACUUUCCGAUGGACCUUGCAAAAUCUCAGCGCUUUCGGUCAGGGCCUCCAAACAAGUGUGGAUAUCUCAGAAAACGUUUUCGUUAUCUCCAUCACUUACUUUGGUGUAGCAUUUCUUGUCUAUUUUAUUGGGAUAUUCCAGAUUAGUAUAAACUACGGAUCGAGAGGAUUAUUCAAGAUGAAGUUGAAGAAUCGAGAGAUAAAUCAGUGGCUGUCCUUCAGAGGGAUCUCUAUGAAUCUCCAACAGCGGAUUGAGAAACACCCGCCAAACAGUUGGGAAGUGAUCAAAGGUGUAAAUGUAAAAAAUUUGCUCAAUAAUCUUUCCAAGGACCUCAGAAGCAAUAUAAAGCGCGAACUCGGCUUAGACCUACUAAAGAAAGUGAGAUUCCUUUGUCUCUAUAUAAAGAACUCUGCUAAGACCAUUCUGAGCUUACUGGAUAUAUUCUCAUCCUUAUUUUUUACUGCAUGUCCAGCUUUCCAUGAUGAACGGACUCACAUUGUUCGGGAGGGAGAUCCAAUUGAUGAGAUGCUCUUUGUGCUGCAAGGCACCACUGCAACUACCCCUCGGAGGACUGAUCAUCACUCUAGUGAACAAGAUCUUCUUGAAGAGUGUGACUUCUUUGGAGAAGAACUUGUUGCUUGGGCUAGAGAUGACGCUUCACCACUCAACCUCCCCAUCUCAACCAGAACCCUUCAGGCGGUUACGAAUGUCGACGCCUUUGUUCUUAUGGCUUAUGACUUGAGAAAAAUAUUAUUCAUAAAGCACAAUCAGGAACUUGUUUCAGACAAUCUUUCUCUUGUUUCAUCUGAUCAGCACCAAGGAGAGCCUGAGAUCACUGCAGAAGAACAAUAA